AUGGUGUUUCGCUUUACGGAGGAUCACGACAAAGAACUCAUGAGAGAGGCGAUCGCCCAAAAGCCAUUUGCAGCAAAGUACGGGGAGGCUGCUCGAGCAUGGGCCAGCGUUGCGGAGCAUGUUUCAUCCGCCAUCAAGGAACGGGUCUUAGAGAAGCAAGUUCGGGAUCGUGUUCGCUUGCUAAAAAAGAAUUGGCAUGCCGGUGAACUACGGUCUUCGUUAGGAAGCGGAAUCGAGGAAACACUUGAAGCAGUCAACGAGCAGAGCCACUACGAAACAUUGGCUGGGUUGGUGGGGCAGUAUAUACAGCUUGAGAACGCUGCCAAAGACGAUAAAAUGGAUCGCAUCAACAAGAAGAAGGCUGACGAGGCUAGCGCGACGCGCUGUGCGUCUGAAAUUGUAAAUGAGGCGCUGGUGCGUCGUGCUCUUCGUCAAGAUGACAUGAAAGAUGUCGGUUUACAAAGAAACCAUGACAUCAAGCUUUUCAAAGAUUCAAAGAUUUCUGAGAGGAUUCGCAAUGAUUCUCGUUUUCAACAGUACAAGAUUUAUGGCGAUCAAGCUUACGGUAACGAUGAUGUACUGACUAGUCCGUACGCUGGUGCGGUUGGGAAUCGAUCGCGAGAACAACGGCAAGUAAACGUGAGUAUGAGUCGUGUACGUGUUUCAGUGGAAUGGUCAUACGGACAGGUGACCAACUACUGGACAGCUCUCGAUUUCAAACGACAAGCUCGAGUUGGGAUUCAACCAGUUGGACUUAUGUAUCGUGUUGGUGUCUUCUUGACAAACUGCAUUACUUGUACACAGGGUGGCAACACUAUCAGCGACUACUUCGGGCUAGCUCCUCCAAGCCUAAGCGUCUAUUUGAACACUAGAUAG